GCUGCGAUGAUGUUCUUGUCACAAUGUGUAGGUAUGUAUUAAAAAGUGAAAUGACAAUAUAGGUGUGGAUGAUCUAUUCCUGUUUAUCUAUUUCUGACAUUGAUACCUUUAUUUGCAAUUAACUGUAAUAUCAAUCUUAUCAGUAGCAAGUACGGCCCACUCCUUUUCUAUCGUUGUAUUGUAUACAUAACUGAUCAUGACACUUGUGUCAAGAUCCUUCGAUACAUUUUGGCUCCUACUAGCCUAUAUUCAUUGUUUCACCUAUGCUAAUAAUAUAAGUUUAUAUACUGAAAUAAACGGAACGUACGAUACGUCGAAACCUUACUGCUUCAGAUUUACCUGGCUAGGAACAGAGUUCACGAAGGAAAAUGUGAUCAAUACAACUUGCGCGGAAAUUUUAGACGCCAAAAGAGAUAAUCACAUCCCGUGUAGAAAUCCAUUGGUAAUAACAUAUGAUGGUUCACCACCUGACAUCAACUACAUCUGGGAACACCACAGAGAUCAAGUGGUAACACGACAAGCUAAUGGACAAGUUUGUGUGAAGUACAGUUUCAUCUAUAACAAUGUUGUUCAAAAUAUAACGUAUCUCACUACAAAAGUCUCAAUGAGUGGAGAAAGCGCGGUAACCGAUGGUUGUUACAGGCAAACUGUUGAUGGGCAUGAAGUCGAGCUAUGCGUUUGUAAGUCGUUCUCUGGAAUAGGAAAACCGUGUAAUACGGCAUCUAGAAACGCAAUUCCGAUGGUUACUCUAUUUUUGACCACCAUAUUAAUUAUUAAAUAAAUACCCUAAGGUUAAAGGCUACUCGCCUCCUAUUUAAAUGGUAUAUUUUUAACGUUUGUACUCUGAAAGACGACAACCAUUGGACUUUGAACGGCGAGAAAACUUUGGACUUUGAACAGCGACCAACAUUUGGAUUUUGAACGGCGAGCAACCUUAAUUUUAAUUUCAAAGGUUACCAUCGUUAACAUUUAUGACAUUAUAAUUUAGUUUUGAAAGUCCUCGUCAGUUCUCGUCAGGAACAACGCAAAAAUAAAA